AUGGCGCCGCGGCCGCCCAUUGGUGGAUCGGUUACUGAUCGACGACUGGCCGGCAACGCCGCAGUUUUGUGCAACUCGAAAUUAGACGCUCCAAAGGCUACGUUUCUCAUUUUCGUUCGGUCAAUCAACGCACGUUAUGUUCACCGUCCUUUGAUCUAUAGCGACGACAUUUUUGGUUCAAUAGAGCCGAAUGGAUAUCUAAUGACCGAUGAGGCUAGCGAAUUGGAAAGCUCUGAUUCCGGCCGGAAUGAAAGUGAACAGAAACAGUGGGUCGUAAAAGCCAACACCUUAGGGAAAAUCGUGGAUUUGUACCAGAAGUAUAAUUUGAAGAAGAUUACUUCCUUUCCUGCUAACGAUAACUACGUAUUGAAGUGA